ACAUAUAUAGGUUAUAGCGUGUUGUGAUUUGCCGAUCGGCAAUUUCGAUUCGACGCGCUGUUUUUUACCCAAAAAGCAUUAAAACACGUAGACUUAAUAUUUUCUACAUGCAUCAAGUUAGAAUAAGUUCAAUCUAACAAUUUUUAUUGCUUUAUUUUAAGUAAAACCGAGUGCAAUUGUAGGUUAACGUGUAACUGAACAUGAGUAGUGGAAAUCGUGGAAAUUGGGGAAAUAGGAAGCCAUGGGGCGGCCGUGGUCGCGGAGGCUUCGGUGGUAGAGACCGGGGUUCCAGAGGAGGGGUGAACAAGAACUACAGGGGGCAUAGUUUUGGAAAUAACAGAGGGUUUCGCGGCGGCCGUCAGAAUGACUAUGGCGGACGCGGGCCGCCUCAGCCAUUUCAGAAUUAUAGCCAGUCGCCGCGAGAUACGCCUGGGAAGAGACUGUCGGAGGAGGAGAUCGGUGUUACAGAGUAUAUCAACGACCAUGAGGGGUUUUUAGGCGUGAUUAAGUCCAGAUACUCAGACUUCCAAGUCUCGGAGAUCAACCUCAACGGCGAGAUAGCGAAGCUGACCAACACGAAGCCUCCGCAGCCGCCCGUGGACAAGGAUGUGGAGCAGGACGAGGACCUGCUGCUCAACAAGUACAACGUGGAGAUCCUGCCGAUGGACGAGUGGGAUCGGAUCAAUAAGCUGGCCGUGUCGGAAGCUAGUAGCGAGAAGGUUGAGAUAGAUGUGACUGGCAUGUCCAAAGAGGAGCGCACCAAAAUCCAUGACGCGGUGAAGAAGGCCUUCGGAGACAGUAUUGUUGGCAGCACCGUCGGUGAUGGUGACAAGAAGCUUGUGCGGUUCGAGAGAUACAGAAAAGGAGUGCGCAUAGACAACCGUGUUAAGUGGGUGUGGGGCGGUGAACACGUGCACUUCAUUCUACACAAAGAGAACUGCGACACUAUGGACGCGGCGCAAAGACUUGCUGAACGACUCAGGAUGAACCUCCGGCCGUCGUCCCUCGGGUACGCGGGCACCAAGGACCGCCGCGCGAAGACUUCUCAGUGGUUCUCCGCGCGCAAGCUCGACCCGCGCCGCCUGGCCGGCGCCGCCAGGGACCUCCGGGACAUACACAUCGGGAACUAUACCUUCCACGACACGCAUUUGAAGCUGGGCAUGCUUAAAGGAAAUAGGUUCCGAAUAGCUCUUCGCAACGUGACGGCCCCCGAAGACUCAGUGGAGAAAGCCUGCCAGCUACUGAACGAGAACGGGUUCAUAAACUACUAUGGACUACAGCGGUUUGGCACGAGGGCAGACACACCUACUUAUGAAAUCGGGAAGAGUAUGCUGAAAGGAGAGUUUCAAGAGGCGAUAAACGGCAUUCUCCGUCCUCGGCCGGGCCCGCUGCAGUUCGCUCUCGAGCAGUACCGCGACCACGGCGCCGGCGCUGCGUUGGCCGCCGGGAUUAGGGCCCACAACACUAUAGAACUCAAACUGCUGAAGGCGCUGGCUAGCCAGCCCAAAGACCUACUGGGAGCUUUGAAUAAGUUGGCGCGCAACACUCGCCUACUGUACAUACACUCGUACCAGUCCAUGGUAUGGAACCGCGCUGUGUCGGAGAGAAUCAAACGCUUCGGUUUGAAACCGGCUGCCGGAGACCUUGUGCCUCUCUCUGAAGUUGACGAUGACAUAGACGAAGACAUCGACGAAGAAAACCCGGACGAACAAGAUGGCGCCGAAACACAAGAUGGCGUCCAAGAUGGCGGCGACGCACAAAAUGGCGGCCAAACUGAAUCCACGGAAGAAAAACCAGAAAACCAAACAGGAAUGCAGAAGGAACCAGUGAAAUUUCCAGUGAAAGUUUUAACGCAAGAAGAUGUGGAUAGCGGCCAGUUCAGUAUAUUGGAUAUUAUAAUGCCACUGCCGGGGUACUUUAUAGAUUACCCGCCGAAUAUGGUCGACUUUUAUGAAGAGCUGUUGAAGAAGGAUGGACUGACUAUGGAGUUGAAAAAUAAGAUCAAGAGUCUCAGUAUGUCAGGCGCAUACCGCCGACUGGUGACUCGUCCUAUAGACAUGACUUGGUCUUUCGUGCGAUACAACUCGCCCACUGAAGAUCUCAUACUGUCCGACAUGGAUGAAAUUAGAGGAGUCACACUGAAGGAAACACCAGACGGAAAGUAUAAAGCCUUGCUCCUCAGCAUGUCUCUCCCGGCCAGUUGCUACGCGACCAUGGCUCUCAGAGAAUUGCUCAAAGUCGACACUUCAGGAGACAAUCAAGCCCUACAAAAUAACUAUCACAAGAAAACUGAACCCACAGAAACGUCAGAUAAAGGCAAAGAAGCGUCCGAAGACAAAGCCGAAGAUACCUCAGCUUCCAAGAACGGGAGCGGAGGCGAUAAAGAUGCGACGAAGAGAAAGCUGGACGCCGACGAUAGUGACGCCAAACGGGCGAAGCAGGGGGGAGAAUAAAUGUUCCA